CUCCAAAUAGCAAACUACACCGCCGGAAUGAUGGCCGAUGCAGUUCAUUACAUCCACUUGCAGAACUUUAGCAAGUCUCUGUUGGAGACUCUGAACGCUCAGCGACUCGGAGGCCAUUUCUGCGAUGUCACCGUGCACAUCCAUGAUGCCACCCUGCGUGCCCAUCGCUGCGUGCUGGCUGCGGGGAGCCCCUUCUUCCACGACAAGCUUCUCCUGGGCUACUCGGAGAUCGAGGUUCCGCCGGUUGUUCCCACCCAAGUGGUUCAGCAGCUGGUGGAGUUUAUGUACAGCGGCUCACUGGUGGUCGCCCAAUCUGAAGCGCUGCAGAUCCUUACAGCCGCCAGCAUCUUACAGAUCAAGACAGUCAUCGACGAGUGCACGCAGAUCAUCUCUCAGAGCAGAGCAAACAAACCGGUGACGAUCGCCGGAGCCAUGGCAUCUUGUGGAUCACAAAGCAGGUCUUCCAUGAACAAAAUUCAAGAACAGCCCAACAAGGAGGCCGACUGCCCGUCAGCCAUUGGCAUGAGAGAUCCUGCUUGUUCUAUACCGUCUUCCUUGAGGUCCAACGAAUUGGAGAUCAUUUCCCAAAUGGGGAACGUCGGCGAAGCCCCGAAGCUGAUGUGCGCUUCUGAAGUGCGGUACAAACUAAGAGACAUGUUGUCGUCUCAGCAGAGACAGCUCCCAGAGGUGAGAGAGAUGGUGCCAGAGGUGGAACAUGUGUCUGACGGUGAAAGCAUAUCCACCGCUUAUCUACCGCAAACGGAGGCGCCACAGAGCUGUCACAGCCGCAAGCAACGCCAGCCAGUGCGCCUACAGCUCUCUGAUUCUGUCCCGGUCAUCAUUAAAGAUGAGGACGAGGAAGAAGAGGAGGUGGAAGAGAAUCCUUGCAAAGAUGAGAAUGAAGAUGAGAAGGGAGGAGGGGUGUUCAGCGAGUGCAGCGGCGGCUUCGCCAGCUGUGGAGAAAACGAUAAAAGCAGAAGCCCCGACGAUAAAGUGCGAAAUGCCAGCAGUGGGCGCAAAGACUCUACGGGGCAGAUGGAGUUUACCACCGAGGGGCAAGACUUCUUCUCCAACCAGGAUGUGUUCUCGGAAUCCUUUAUCCCCCCUUGGCAGAAUGAGGAGAACCUGUCGGAAGGGACCAGGGAGAACCCGAUAGACAACGGCGAGAAGUUCCGUCCUGACUGCAGUUUGGACGGCUCCAGCUUGAGAAAUUUGGCUGUGGUCGCUAGCACUGACUUCAAGUCAAGUCCGCCUUUUAACGCGAGGGUUGGUGAAUCCAGAGGACUGCCGUUCGUGGCCUCGGUGCUCCCUAGAGACCUUAAGACUUCUGUGUCGGCUGCGGUGGCCACCAGCUCAUCCAGCAUCUUCCAGUUCCACCUGACUCAUCCGAACCAGAAUCAGCCGGGAGUCACACAGGGCUUUUUUAGUGUUCAGAAUGAUGGUUCAGGGAAUGUGGUACAAAUGAACUCUAAUAUGGUCGCGGGAAACAUGCCAGGUGACCAGGCACAGCGCCCUGGACCUUCCCGUAACCCGGAGCCUUCCUAUGUGUGCAGCCACUGCCAGAAAACCUUCAGCUCUAGGAAAAACUACACCAAACACAUGUUCAUCCAUUCGGGUGAAAAGCCCCAUCAGUGUAGCAUCUGCUGGAGGUCCUUCUCACUACGGGAUUACCUCCUCAAACACAUGGUGACCCACACCGGAGUCCGUGCUUUCCAGUGCUCCAUUUGCUGCAAGCGCUUUACCCAGAAGAGCUCCCUAAACGUCCACAUGCGCACACAUCGACCCGAGCGCUUCCAGUGCUGCUUCUGCAAUAAGUACUUUUCCCACCGCACUCUACUAGAGCGACACAUCGCCACUCAUACCGCCUGAUCUGUGGACAUCACCACCCCACUUACAAUGUCUAAUCCCAUGGGGCUCCUGCUUUCCCAAUAGAUGGCUUUAUAGCCCAGUGGCCAGUCAUGCCAAGAGCCAAAUUUUACCCGCAUUACUCAUCGCAUUGUAAAGAACCUCUCUCGUUUGUGAGGUUUAAGAAGGCGUCUGAUAAAAAAUUCAAAGCACUUAUCGUGAGGAACCCAAAGGAGACUUUAUAAGAAAGUAGGAUAGUGGAAACUUUUCCCACCUACAAUGUCAAGUAGAAGCCAAGAAUGUUGGUUGAGUUUGGGUACGGACACCCAUUGGUCUGUAUGUCAAGGAUCAUGAAGGAACAAUUACCUGACUUCAUCUUGUCUGGUGGACCCGCAUUCCAAGAAGACCACAGAUUCUGUGUUGUUCUUUAGACCAGCAAAAAUCCUGGAUAUGGGCAGCGAAGAAUAAUUGUUCCCUGGUGGAACGUGAGUUUCGUUGUUUUCAUACCCAUUGGGGACCCAACGUAUGGAACAGUAUUGGGAUUUACCGCCUACUUUAGGGUAUAAAAUCGUGAGCGUUCUCCAUAUAAUGGUCUCCUGGGGUGGGACCUGUGGAGGUUCAUCCGUACUUGCUAAGGCGGUAGAAGAACAUGUCUUCAUCUCCUCCAAGUUAUUCCCUUUGCAGGUACUUCAUGGGUCUCAUCCCGGUAGACCUCCACCCCGCCUUCUACUGCCAUGCCCUGCGGUAUUGGAGAACCUCUUUACUAAGAAGGUGCUGGAGAUGGAAGAAGAUAAUGUUGAAGAAUAAAUUGUCACAAUCCAUCUUUGGUACCAUGGACCAGAACAUGGUCCCCAUCUGAUCAAUCCAACUUUGCACAGUACCAUCCACUUUUUUUGCGAGGUUACAACAGCCGAGAAGGAGAAUAGUGUCCCAUACACACGAUGUUAUCACCGGAGAAACGAAGACCAGGGACGCCUUUUACGUUUUCUAGUUUGUGCGUCUUGUAUAUAGGCUAUUUAACCACAUUAUAUAAUGUUUGUAUUUAUGAAGAUGUGUGUGACUUGGUGUCAGCCGUGUGUCAUACCUGUUUGUGUAUAUGUGUAUUAUCUUGUCACCUGCUUUUACAGACGUUGCAUCAAUGGUAUUUAUAAGACAUUUGUUUCCUAUACGGCAUGAACCUUAAUUCUUUUUCUUAUUUUAACUUACUCCCGCCCCCCCCCCGUCCCCCCCCACCCCCAAAAGGAUGGGGGAUAAGAUGUCUGAUCAUGGGGGGGGUCCCGAUCUCUGUGCAGCACCCAGUUUUCGUUUAAACCACUGGGUGGGGGGGUUGUGACAUCACAGCAAACCCACUCAUUGAGGGGCCGUG